GUGCAAAGCAAUGACGUGUCUGUCUGUAUCAGUGGGUGAGCGGUGACUGGGCUUCCUCUCAGAAAGCUGAGCUUGCUUUGGGUUCUGUCGACCAGGCAAAGACAAAAAGAUGCGUGUAAUUGGAGCGGUUCUGGCUCUUUGUCUGAGUCUCUGUGCUGCUGAGACCUGCACAGACCCGGUCAUCUCCACCUCAUCGUACACAACAGCUGAUGCGGUCAUCUCCUCUGAGACGGUCUUCAUUGUUGAGCUGAGCCUGGCCUGUGGAAACGGAGCACAGAGUGUUGCCCUUUAUGCAGAUGUCAAUGGCAAACAGUUUCCUGUGACCAGAGGCCAGGAUGUUGGAAAAUAUCAGGUUUCCUGGAGCAUUGCCCACACACAGGCCAGUUCCGGCACAUAUCAAGUGAAGUUCUUUGAUGAGGAGUCCUACAGCGCCCUGCGCAAGGCACAAAGAAAUAAUGAAGAUGUUGAAGCCAUUAAACCCCUGUUUACUGUUAAUGUAGAUCACAGGGGGGCAUGGAGUGGUCCUUGGGUGUCCACUGAGGUCUUUGCUGCUGUCGUUGGCAUUAUUUUGUAUUACCUGGCCUACAGCACUAAAAGCUCAAUUCAGGCAUAAGUAUCUCAAGAUGCUUAUUUGUUAAAUAGAUAAAAAAAGCAGUAUGUUCUGGGCAGAGUUCGCACAUUGGAGUGGGCAGUUUGCUCAAACCUGAUUGCAAUGUUACUGCUACUAUUAGAUUUGCUACGGUGCCGAUUAUGUGUGGUCACAUUCUGGUGUUUGGAAUGUCUACAAAUCAAUGAAAUUCAUUGAAUAAAAUCAACAUUUUUAACCCGGA